GAACAUUUGGAUGGCUGGUAGUUAUUUGAUAGAACUAUCCAUGACCUCAAGAUGAUUCCCUGGUACAUCGUCAAGUUCUAUCUGCAUAAACACUCCAAAUUUUGUUCGUGUUUAGGGGUUUUACUGCUGUUCACCAUAUGCUUCUACAGCUAUUUACAGCUAUUCUUGGUGGUGUGGUCUUUCCUGUUAGGGAUUGCUGGUGCAUACAGCUUCAUCAGCGCUGAUUCCACAUUACCAAAUCUUCUGUUCAUGUUCAAGAGAAACAAAAAGGAGGGAAACACUGGAGAUGAUGAACUGACUCUAAUGAAGACCAUGUGUACCGUAUGUGGUCAGAGGAAGUGUCCGAGACACAGACCAGAGCUUAACAUCCUAGCAUUCCAACCAUGGACCAACUUGGAGUUACGAGGAAAAGUAGACGAGGCUGUGGAAGAGUUCCUGUGUAUUGUUUUAAAAGAAUAUGUGUAUACCUGGUAUAGAGAUGUCAGUGCAGAUGAAGGCUUUGUGGAUGAGCUGAGAACAAACUUACGUUUCCUUGCUUCUGUAUUGCUGAGGCGGGCCAAAAAAAUUGACAUUCCACUGUUGGUGAGUGAGAAGUUGAUAAAGGCAGGACUCCAACAUCUACAUGUUUACCUCCAGGCAAAGAAAUCAGCUCCCCCGGGUACUGACCUUCAGCAGUUGACAUUGGACUAUCUAGGACCACACCUUCACUGUGCCAUGCAGAGUCGUAAGGCUGAGCUGGAGUAUCUCAGAAGAAUGGUGGAGGCACUAUUUCCUUUCAUCUUAAACCCUCAGGGUCUAAAUUCCAAGUGUACUUGUUCCUUGGCCAGAGAAAUACUGUCUGGGUCUAUACUGCUACCAGCACUGGAUGCCAUAGCUAAUCCUGAUAUGGUGAAUAACAUAUUGUUAAUAUUUUUGGACGAUACACCACCACCUUUAGCAACGGAACCACCCAGUCCCAUGGUGACCUUCCUGGAAAAGUUUUGUCGUACUUCUGUCAGGAGUAAUUCAUGCCUACAUCAUGAGUUGAAUGAUAUCAUCGGUGGUAACUACCCUAACCUGCUGUACACGUUCAUGCAGUUCCUUAAACGUGAAGCUGCUGUCAACGUCCUUCAGUUUUGUCUGGCAUGUGAUGACUUUAAUAAACAGGUUCUCAAUCCAGAGCUGUCUCAGAGUGCACUUGUAGAGCUCCACAACCAUGCUAAAGAUCUGUAUCGCUGCUACUGUGCUAGAACUGCUCCUGAUAAAAUUAAAUUUGAUGAAGAAAUUGUCUCAGAGUUAAAAGAAAUAUUGGAGGGUCCUCCCGAUCAGGUGAUACGCCUCAGAACCUCGACACCAUUGUUUAAAGCAUAUGAACAUGCCUACAACCUCCUGGAGAAAACAUUUAUUCCUUUGUUCCACCAGAGUGAGGAGUAUUACGAGAUGUUGUGUGGUAGCCGUGUCAUGUCUCAAAUAUCAAGAAAUACUCUAAGCAAUCAGUUAGCUCCACGACAGCCCAAUAAUUCUAGAAUGCCAAAGAAGAAGGAGUUUGGAUUGUCAAACAUUGGACAUAAGAUAAAAGGAGUGUUUAAAAGUGCCGAGAUGAAAAGCCUACCAGAGAUGGAUAACUUUGAGGAUGCUGAUACAGUCACCAUUGCUUCAUGCAGCUCAUUGGAUGAUGAAGUCCCAGAAUGCAUUGCUAUGGAGGGUUCAUUCCAGGAGUUUACUUUACCUGACCUAAGUACAUGGAGAGUGACCAUUCCAAGGAUAGGGGCCCGACCGGACCCAGAAAAUCCUCGCAAACAAUACUUUGUGUUCAUCAUAGAUAUCCGUAGAGUAGAUCUCUCCCACAACAAUGGAACCAGAGGUGUUCCAGAAAAAGAAAGCUGGGUUGUGGCUAGGAGAUAUCCAGAAUUUUACGUGCUGGAAAGCAAAUUACUAGAAUUCCAUGGUGAACUGCUGGCAGACUGCCCUCUUCCCGUCAAGAAAUCCUUCGGGACAGGCAAACAGGAUUUCAUAGAGAACAAAAGGGAAUCAUUUGAAGUGUAUCUUCAGAAAUUAUUGACCAAGCCAUUCCUGAAAGGCAGUCAGCUACUCUACUCCUUCCUUACUACCGACCAUGAGUUUACCUCUGGAUUCCUUCCAGACAUCAAUCUAGGGAAAAUGUUCAAGGCAGGGGCCAUGAAGCUUGUUAAAGAGAAAGGACAACAUUUGGACCCCUUCCUAUUGUCAUUUUUACAGUCAACAGAAGUCCCAAAGCCUAAAUCAAGUAAGCAAGAGCGUCGAGGAUCAGAUGCAUCUCUCAAGUCCACGUCCAGUGAGAAGCUUUGCUGUAGUCUAUACGAGAACAAUGCCAACUACUCAUCAGAUAGCAUCGCUUCCAGUCAAACGUCCAGUCUGGAGCUGGACUUCUCAGCAGCUAAUGGUCAACAGGAGACCAAGGAGAGACAGGACGUAGAUGGCGUAUUUGAUGCGUUGAUCUACCUUGCACGAUAUGUGUACAGUAUACCUGACUGGUUCCAUCAUGUGAUGAUGACAAGUCGUAUCCUGUUUAAGAUGACCCUUGAGAACUACCUGGAGUGGUACAUAGGGCAGAAGGUUGAACAGGUCACGCAGGAACACCGUAUCGUGGGCCUCAUCCAUCUACUUCGAGAUGUACUGUUCUUUGACACAGAUAGACCAAGGACUGAUGAACAGAAGAAGGAGAGAUUUGAGCAAACUUUGGCUGGAUGUUUAGACUUUAUUCCAAAACCUUUUGUAUCAGUAGUAGGAAGGUCCAACCAUGAGAAUGGCACCAAGCUGGUCUUGGAAGUUCUUCAGCAGCCUAAACUUAAUAAACAGCUAUCAUAUGUAUUCCUUGACAUUGUAAUUCAAGAAUUGUUCCCAGAACUGAGAGGAUGAUACAGUGUCAAUGAGCUGAGCUGUGAUGACAUAAGCUGUGAGAUCAUCCAGUGUCACUGAACUGAGAAAUGAUCUAUUGAUGGAGUUUGGAGAAAAUCCAUUGUUUGAAGCGAAGAGAUAAUCCAUUGUUUCUGAUAUAAGAGAUAAUCCAUUGUUUCUGAUAUAAGAGAUAAUCCAUUGUUUCUGAUAUAAGAGAAAAUCCAGUGUUUCUAAGCGAAGAGAUAAUCCAUUGGCAUUGAGCUGAAAGAUGAUCCAUUGUUUCUGAGAUAAGAGAUAAUCCAUCAUUUCAGAGCUAAGAGAUAACCCAUUAGCACUGAGCUGAGGGAUGAUCCAUCGUUUCUGAGAUAAGAGAUAAUCCAUCAUUUCUGAGCUAAGAGAUAAUCCAUCAUUUCUGAGCUAAGAGAUAAUCCAUCAUUUCUGAGAUAAGAGAUAAUCCAUUAGCACUGAGCUGAGGGAUGAUCCAUUGUUUCUGAGAUAAGAGAUAAUCCAUCAUUUCUGAGCUAAGAGAUAAUCCAUCAUUUCUGAGCUAAGAGAUAAUCCAUCAUUUCUGAGAUAAGAGAUAAUCCAUUAGCACUGAGCUGAGGGAUGAUCCAUCAUUUCUGAGCAAUGCGGAAAUUUAAUACCAGGAAUCUAAAAUCUAAAAGCUGAGCGAUUUUCUGUUGUCACUGACCUCAGCGAUAAUCCCAUUGUUACUUGAGUGAGAGAUAAUCCAUUGCCACUGAGCUGAGAGAUAAUUUAUUUGUCACUGAGCUGAGAGGUAAUUCAUUGUCACUGAGCUAAGUGAUAUGUAAAUGUUUCUUAGCUAAGAGAUAAUCCAAUUACUGAGAGAUAGUCCAUUGUUACUAAGCUAAGUGAUAUGCCACAAUGUUUCUGAGCAAAGAGAUAAUCCAAUUACUGAGAUAUAGGCCACCUUUUCACAGCUGAGAGGUAAUCCAAUUACUGAGAGAUAGUUCAUUGCUACUGAGCUGAGAGGUAAUUCAUUGUCAAUGAGCUGAGAUAUAGGCCAUCAUUUCUGAGCUGAGAGAUAAUCCAAUUACUGAGAGAUAGUCCAUUGUUACUGAGCUGAGAGGUAAUCCAUUGUCACUGAGCUAAGUGAUAUGCAAAUGUUUCUGAGCUAUGAUUUAUUAUUACUAAGCUGAGAGAGUCUAUUGAGAAGGGACCUGCUUACGGAAUAGAGCUGCUGCUCAUCUCCAAUUUCCCAUCGUUGAACUAAGGUUAUUUUUGAACAGAGAAAACAACAUGUCAAGACAGAGCUGAUUCUUGAUGAUGAGAAGUCCAACACUAACAUUUACUUCAUUCCACCAGCAUUCAUUUGAUGUCACAUUAUUCAAUGCCAUGUAUUUCCAUUGUAACUCAGAGUUUAUAUCAAAAGGUUUCUUAGUUUUUAUCACAUACGCUAUAGGGUUCGUAUUGUCACUGCACCUAUUUUUUUUUUUAAACAAUGUCUCAAAAUGUUGACAUUGUAAAACAGAACUCACCUCUAAUCAUGAUCAAAUACAUUCCAAGAUUGUAUAUAAUUGAUAUCUAUGUUUCAUUAAUCACUUUCUGGUCCAUUUUAUUUAAUGUUGUCAGGAAAAAGUCAAAAGUUCAAACCUAGCUUAUUAUAUUAUACACAAUAAUCAGUUUAAGUGACCGGGAUUCAUUGUAAUUAAAGUUUAAAAGUUGAAUUAUUCUUUUUAAAUUGUAACCAAGAAAUUGAAAAAAAAUUACAGCCAGAAUUUCCUGGUGCAUGUACAAAUCUUUCCCAAUACAGUCAUACUUAAGAAUAAUAUAAGCUUUUAUUUACGCACAAUUAUGGACUAGUUUCUCCUGGUCAUUUGAUCCCCCUUGUAUUAACUUGUACAGCCUGGAUGUUGUACAACAUGUGUGAGAUUGUAUAACAUUAAGUCUAGUGACUUGUGAUUAUGUUAAAUGUUAUUUUUACCUCUGUUGAUACCAGAAUGACUAAGUUAUUAAUGAGAUUGCUGACUAUACAUGAUUACAAUUUGUUACUGGAAGAAUCAAAGACAUAAUAUGAAUUUGUAUUCUUGCUCUAUAUGUGGUGGCUGACAGGGGGUAUUCUGUCUGUCUAUUAAUCUGAGUGGUGUUCUCAUGCUGAAGGAUCCUACUAGUUAUAAGUAUAUAGAAGAGUUCCACUGUUGAACUGGUUAUUCAUUUAACUUAACAGAGAUAUUGAAGUAUCAAUUUUCAAAUUCUUAAUUUUCAUAGGGCAACUGUGGUAAAGUCUAAGGAUGAAGUAAAGUUGUCCAGGUUUGAUACUUGGUGUUAUUCUUUUCCUGUUUCUUUUACUUGUAAUGGUUCUCAUUUGAACAUUUUAAAUGAAAUUCUGUAAACUGUAUUGCCAGAUGAGAUUUUGUACAAAACUGUUAUAGACAGUAUUAGUGUCAAUAGUAUUGAUAUAUCAUGCAGAAGGUAGUGUGUAUAAUAUCAGAGAUAUAGAUGUUUAAGUAGGUAGGUCACUGUUUGGCAAUCAACCAUACUUGUACAAUCACACUUUGUUUAAAACUGUGUUAUAUUAAGGAACAGUUUAGAAAUUUUAUUUAUUUGUUUGUAUCUAAAUUAUAAAUUUUCAGCUUUGUGUUAGAGUUUUAAGAUGAUCAUAGGAAACAGAUUAUUCAUAAAAAAUCUUACAUUUGAUUUUGAAGGAUUUUAAAGUUCAGUCACAAACAUCCACUGACAUGAUGUUCUCAAGAUCUAAGUCCAACAGUGUUAUCAUUUAUGAGCAUGUGAGAUUUUUUUAUCGAGGUCAGCUAUUCAUUUCUGUUUAUUUUAGAUACAGGUGAUCACUGAUAGUGCUUUAAACUUGUGAUAAUUGUUUACUCAAACUACAUCCUAAAUAUACUCUAUGAAGUACUUCGUUGAUAUUCUCACUUGAAUGUGAAUAAUUAAGCAACAAUGGUCCUAUUAUGAUACUUUUAGAAUAUCACAUGGGUUUUUUUUUUUUGAGCAAAAAGAUAAAAAAGAUUUUUUUUUUCUUAAUUUAGUUAUUUGAAAAAAAGAUAAAGACAAUGAAAUUUGUUUUCAUUAAAAAUUUUAUAUUUAAAUACGGAUACUAGAUUGGUGUGUCUUUUCCCAUGUUACAGGGAGUACAUUUAAGUUUUAGUUGUGUGAUAUUAGCUUGACGUCAUGUCUGAUAGUGUACCAGUGUUAGUGACUUACUGCCGCCUUUGUGGUUGUGAUAUACCCUGUACAUGUGACCUGAGACAUUUAUUUAUUGUGAGCCCCACAACUUACUGUUUGUUGAUGUGUACAGCUGUGUCAGGCUGAUUAAUCAUGAAAUUUUCAUUGUUAUUUUACUUAUUAAAAUGUUUCAAUUUAA